CUCUCUCAUAAGAUCCAACAACUUUACGAAGUUAUAAGUUAGAUCACAUACGUAAGAUAUCAGCCUCUAUAUGGCUGAGUGCCGCAGCCGCGAGUCUGUCAAAUGACAAAUAACAAAUAUUUGACAGCGUGAUUGUUCCUAUCUAAAAAUGGAACAAAAUGAGGACAACAGCGCUGACGUCGGGACGAGCCAAGCCGAUCGUCACGAGAGCCCCUAAGAGGAACGACGACCGCGUCAUCUUACACUUUGACUACGACUGCUUUUAUGCCAGCGUGUUCGAAAAUGCCAACCCAACACUCAAGGGGUUACCGCUAGGUGUAAAGCAGAAGAGCAUCCUAGCAACCUGCAAUUAUGCGGCUAGGGCUCGUGGCGUCAAGAAGCUGAUGCUUAUCUCCGAGGCACAGAAGAUUUGUCCGGACAUUGUGAUUAUUAGUGGGGAGGACCUAACGCCAUUCCGCGACGCCUCCAAGAAGCUGUGGUCAGUAUUAAGAUCGCACUCUUGGAAUGGCCGGGUAGAACGUCUAGGCCUUGAUGAAGUAUUCCUCGACGUUACGGACGUAAUUGCGUACAACGCAGAAUUAUUGAAUCGCAAUGCCCUACAGGACUCAUUCUUCCAGCUCUCUCGGCAGGAUCCCGAAAAGGGGUUCAGCUUCGACGCCACUCGGUUCUUCGGAUGUGUCCAUCCGUCCGUAGAAGCGAAAAAUGUCUCAAUACUUUUAGACGAACCCCUCUACGUACGCUUACUACUUGCCUCGCACCUGGCCGGUUAUCUACGCCACAAACUAGAAGAGGACUUUGGUUACACAUCCAGCGGUGGUAUAUCCACCAACAAAGUCCUCGCUAAACUCGCCGGUAGUGUGAACAAACCUAAGAAUCAGACCGCUCUUCUCGGCCUUCGUGAUGCCGACAUCCAGAACUUCGUCGAUGGCCACAAGUUACGCCAAAUUCCGGGUAUUGGCUCGCGUAUGGCGCAGCUGAUCCAAGACUAUGUACUUUCUGAGGACACAACCGGUGAUUCGCAUGACUUAGAGAUAGGAGCUAAAGUAACGGUGCAAGAUGUCCGGCAGCACCCAGAUAUGUCAGCUGACCUACUAGAACGCAUUCUUGACCGCCCUGGCGCGGAACGUGGCAGCGGCGAUAAGGUAUGGAACUUGUUACACGGCGUCGAUACAUCCGAAGUGAAAGAAGCGAGCGAUGUACCGACACAGAUUAGUAUCGAAAAUACGUACAUGUCGAAGCCAUUAAACACCCCCGGCGAAAUCACACGCGAACUACAUGCUCUUGCGACUUCGCUCGUUAGACGCAUGCGUAUUGAUCUUACUGCAACGGACGAAAUUGAUCCCUCAGAUCCCGCCUCGCAGUCCGGUCAACAGCAGCGCUGGAUCGCAUACCCCAAAACCCUCCGCCUAUCCACACGUUGCCGACCAAAACCCAAUAGCACCCCUUCCAACUCGACCGCAGAGAGCUUCAGCCGCAACUCCCGCAGCCAGCCACUACCCAGCUUCGUCCUGAAUCUUCGAGAUGAAAGCAUUGAAGCCAUUGCCGAAAAACUAGCUUCCGAAGUCUUAUUACCUAUCUUCCGUCGCUUGAACCCAGAGCGACAGGGAUGGAACCUGGCUCUGAUCAAUAUUUGCGUAACAAACAUGGUGAUGGUAGCAGACCCUAACGAGAAUGGAAAUGGAGGAGGUCGGGAUAUCUCGCGUAUGUUCCGAACACAAAAGGAUAAACUGCGCGAAUGGACUGUUUAUGACCCUACACAUAUACAAGAGUCUCCUGCCUCUACGCAUACCGUCCAUCCCGAAGAGAAUGCUGAUAAGGCAGAAGAAGGGGAAUGGGACGAGGAUGUCGGGGUAAUAGAAAAUCCAACAGUAUCAUCAGAUCCCGAUGCAGAUACUUGGGAAGAUGAAGAGGAAUCCCAAAGGUGCCAUCUAUGCGGACAUGCCAUCCCGCUUUUCGCCAUGCCUGCACAUGAGAGGUUCCAUAGCAUUGGCGAUUGAAUAUUCUCGCCCGCUCUUGUUUAUAUCUCGGAGUUACUAAAUGAUACCCCAGUCUGUUUAAUACAAGAUACCCACUACCCACUAUAUUGUCACGCACACUUCUUCAGAUCAAUAUUAUCUUGGUACAAUAAAACGAUGUGAAUGUGCUGUAUCCAUUCACGUGGUUUAUUAAAUAUAGCAAAUUAGUGUUUAAACCCUGACGGCGGUAGAAAGUAGUAUGAGGUAUAUCGACCGUCAACCUGCGUUUAAGUCAUCACUUUUUACGCUCCCUCUCUGAAGACAAGGCAAAUCCCACCCGCAGUACCAGUCUCUG